UGACUUUAUUUAGUGUGUGUUUAUUUUCGAGUCAUUUCAGUUGGUUCUGUUAAGUGAGCUGUACCUUUAAGAAACACGCAGAUAGGUCACGUGUUUAGACUCAGGAAGUAUUUCAGACAGGUGCGCACAACUCCGCCUCAUUCCUCGUGUUUCUCAGCAAACUAUCACAUCUUAUGCUGUUCGUGGCAUCGUUGUUUUACCCUUGCAAUUGUCAAUAAACCUGGCCUCCAUCAGUCAACCUGGUGUUCAGAGUUUUGAUGAGCGGAAGGUGUUGAACUUACUGCCUUCGUGUACAAGUGUGCUUAAGGAAGGCAGGAUAGUAAAACAACGACUUCAUCGCAUAAGAUAACACAGUUUCACGCUGAACAUACAUCAUGGAUUCAAAGGAGCCGUCGCUGAAGUCUAGAUCCUACACAUCACGCUCCACAAAAUCAUCUGCAGGGAAUGCUGCGGCUUUAGCCCGUGCCAACGCAGAGGCAGCAAAAGCACGACUGAACUUUGCAGAAAAAGACAUGAUCCUAGCAAUGGAAAAAGCCCAAUUAGAAGCACAAAUGAUGAAACUGUCUCUAGAAAGAGAUGCAGCUGUAGCUGAAGCGGAGGCUAAGGCGCUAGAAGCAGCGUUAAGCAUGGACGGCAGUGUGCGAAGUAGCAGGAAGCUACCACUUCAAGAGAUUCCCUGUGAUCCUCUAGGGCGGACCAGAGAAUAUGUCACUGAACAGUCUAAAGAACAUUCGUCUUUAGCAUUAGAAGAAUACGCUCAGGAUGGUGCUCGUGAGCGAGGCACACAAUCCAACGCCCCUCUUCACCCCUUCAUCCAGGACAGUGUUGGUCAGCUACACACACAUUCAACCCCGGCACUGCAUCCACAUCCUCAUUUUCCUUCUCAAAAUGAAAGCAGCCAUCUAUGUUUAGACCCAGCACCAAGAAACUAUCACCAUGCUCCCCAGUCCAUAGCAGUAGAUAGGCCAGCUGCUUCCAACAUCACACAAACAGCAGCAAGCAGAGUAACUGUAAAUCAGCCACAACCCUCUAUGACCACGCCCCUACCCUUCAAGAAUACUCAAGGUUAUCAUAACCCACAGGGAUCAAGUAAUAAUGGUUUUCAGUAUCCCGCCAUGUCCAGUAACACUCCUCAUAAUGCUCAUCAUGACAGAUCAGGUAUGAGUGAUGUCAUCAGAUAUUUCGCUCGACGUGAACUGGUUACUACAUGUAUGACCCAAUUCAACGACCAGCUGGAGAGUUACAGCGCUUGGCAACAGUCCUUUCAAAACGCAGUAAGAGGACUUCAUCUAACAUGCAGCGAGGAAAUGGAUUUGCUGGUCAAGUGGCUUGGGAAAGAGUCAGGAGAACAUGCAAAACGUAUUCGAGCUGUCAACACUAGCCAACCUCAAAGAGGACUUCAGAUGAUAUGGGACAGACUGGACGCAUGCUACGGAGCCCCUGAAGUUGUCGAAGAGGCACUCUUCCAACGCAUCAGCAACUUCCCCAAAAUCACCUACAAAGACUAUGCAAAACUUCAUGAGCUCAGUGACCUUCUUAUGGAACUGCAGGCGGCCAAGACAGAUGGAACUCUUCCCGGCCUUCACUACCUCGACACAGCCAGAGGAAUAAGUCCUCUUGUCCAUAAGUUGCCCUCUAGUCUGCAAGAGAAAUGGCUGUCUGUUGGGUCCGAUUACAAAUAA